UUUCGAUGUGCCGCUUUCUCUCAGCGUAACUUAAACGAGUAAAGCGCUGCGCAAGUCCCGACGCACGGUCCGCCCGCCGAGCGACUUCCCGAAAUAUUUUUGGACCGUUUGCAGAACAUCACCUCUCACCACGACGGCUCCGACAUCUACGGGUGCCGCACACUUUACUUUUCCCUUCGCUACCUUUCGCUAUCACUACAAGAAUGGCUGCAUCAUCAAGCCCGGUGCCGUUCCGCUUCGGCGCCACCAAUGGGAUCCAGAGCACGCCGGAGACAUCGCGUUUCAGCUUUAAUUUCAACACUUCCAGUCCCAGCGCAAUAUCGUCAGCGGCCGUGGAGACGUGGGUGAGGAGUGAAUAUCGCAAGAAAUUCUGCAACGUCAAGGGCAAGCGGACCCUCCCGGUGAACCUGGAGGCAUUCAAGCACGAGCUGGAACAGAAACGCUCGGACGACGCUGCCCAGAUUGACUCCGCCAUCAAGAAGACAUCUGCAAGCAGUUUGCGCUCGACGAGAACGGCGCCUUUGAGGACUCGGCCGCUCUCAUCAUAGAGCUUCACAGCAAGAGACCCGACCUCGCCGAGAAGUCCGUGGUCGGCCAAGUCAUCGACGAGAUUGAGAAAGAGAAUUUAGCGAAUAAGCAACGUCCG